CGUCAUUCAAUAUCAUCACGGAAGUGAACCAGGCGACGGAACACAGAAACCCAAAUAAGUUGUUGUCGCUUGACGAAUAUUUACAGAUAGUCCAUCAUCGUCAUCAUCAUGCUGGGAGGAGGAUUCAAAGCAGAGAGGCUAAGAGUGAACCUCCGGCUGGUCAUCAACCGACUCAAACUCCUUGAGAAAAAGAAAACCGAGCUCGCUCAAAAGGCAAGGAAGGAGAUUGCUGAUUACCUGUCAUCAGGAAAGGAUGAGCGGGCACGGAUCCGUGUGGAACACAUUAUCAGAGAGGACUAUCUUGUGGAAGCCAUGGAGAUCCUGGAGCUUUACUGCGACCUGCUGCUUGCUCGCUUUGGCCUCAUUCAGUCAAUGAAGGAACUGGAUCCAGGCUUGCAGGAAGCAGUGUCCACCCUCAUCUGGGCAGCUCCACGUCUUCAGUCAGAAGUGUCUGAGCUAAAGAUUGUAUCUGAACAGCUUUGUGCAAAAUAUAGCAAGGAGUAUGGCAAGCUGUGCAGGACAAACCAGAUUGGCACAGUCAAUGAUAGGCUGAUGCACAAACUGAGUGUGGAGGCCCCUCCCAAGAUCUUGGUGGAGCGUUACCUGAUUGAGAUCGCCAAGAACUAUAAUGUGCCGUAUGAACCUGACGCCAUGGUCCGGCCCGAAGUGGGUCAUGGAGAAGAGGCAGACCUGAUUGAUGUGGACACUGACAAGAAGUCUGGAGGAGGAGGAGGAGGUGGAGGUUUCAGUGCACCUCCUGCUGCUGCUAUGCCUAUGCCAAUGCCCAUGCCUAUGCCCAUGCCUAUGCCAACAGCUUUCAACUAUCCACCUCCCAAAGGAGCCGAACCAUUUAACGCUCCCGUCGGAACCUACAACCACUUCCAGCACCCCAUGGGAGGAGGGCAGCCCCCCCAGCUGCCCACUUCUCCCCCCACGUAUGAGUCUAUUGAUGACCUAACAGACAAACCUUCUGUUCCUUUCCAGGCUUUAGGUCCUGGGCCUUCGUCUCAGCUAUUUGACAACAACGCUCUCCCAGAGCUCCCCUCUGUUCCCGACACACUCCCCACAUCCUCCUUCGGCGGAAACACCACCACCUCGGAUGACAUCGACUUUGACGAUUUGACAAGGCGGUUUGAGGAGUUGAAGAAGAAGACUUAAUCGCUAUACCCCUGGUCUAUACACAAACACAUACACACACAGGCCUGUGUAAUCACCUAGACAGCUCAGAACAGGAAAUGAAAAAUGUUUAUGGCUCUGUAUCAGAUUUGGAUAGUUCUACUCCCCUUUCUAUGGUGAAGUAAUCUUACACAGAUAUUAAACAUACAUGUAUUCUUACCUCAUUUAUAUAGAUAUGACCAGCGUACUGAGGGUGCGGUUGCACAUUCAACCUUGUCAGAUAUCAGAAAUGUAAUUUCUAUUGGCAGUACCAGUGAGUACUAUAUGUUUUAAUUUCUUGCUAUAUAACACAACAUAAAUUAUACCAUACAAUCAUGUUAGUGUUGGCCCCUGUUCACUCCUCAUCACACUGACUUUUAACUUUUCCCAUUUGUCUGUGUGAUAUACGGUAUAAUCAAACCUAGAUUUUAAUUGUUGCUUUUCCUGGGGUUUUGGGUCUGACUAAAAAUUAACAACACAAGCCUUGAUUCUACUUUGCACAUGUUGUGUUGCUGUGAUCUCUGCCACUGUGUCUCUGAGUGCUGUCUCAGACCAGUCAAACAAGCCCAACCGGCCGCCCCAGUUUGGUGGGGAGCUGGCAUUCACGCUAGCAAAGUGUACAAAUUGUUUCCAAGGCGAGGCUAAAUUACCCAAGAAUUUUUUUUCAUUAAGGUAUCUGGACAGAUUGAAGCCAUAUUUUCAGUGUCCUGCACAGUAAUGCAGUGUUGUCACAGUGGAAAAGACGUUUUUCAAACACUCCUCACUUACUGAGCUUCUCAAACUUUAAGCUUUAUUCAUACCAGAAAAAGUUCAUGGUAACACAUGUCAGACCUGUUGUAUUCAUCUGUUACAGGGAUAAUGGGGUGCAGAGUAUGUAGUGUAUGGAAAUCUGUAAUAUAAUACAUUUACAGUGAUAUAGAUAGACCUAUUAACAUGAAUGAUUUACCUGUACAGCAAAAUGAGUUUGGUAGUAGGGAGUUGUUCAAUAUUUGACAAAUCUGUUUUAUAUACAGUAUCUCCAAAUAAAGUUGGGUUUUUUUGCCAUUUGAAUGUCAGUUUUACCAAAUACCUGCACUUUCUUAUCUUUGAACUACUUAAUUUGCAAGCAAAAUGUGUGUAGAAAAAAGCAGUCACACAAACAACCUAAUUUGAUUGAUAAGAUGCAAAUAUUGAUGCCAGAGUAUUAGGUUUGUGUUGUCCUCCUGUGUGCAUGUGUCUUAUACUGUGUGUGCACCACUGCCUUUGCCUUAGUUACCAUCUCUCAUCAGAGGCCUUGCCAGUCUGUACCAGGAUUAUGUAUUUGUUAUCUAUCGAGACUGGAUACGUUACGUGCAUUGAGUCUCAGUUGUUAAAAUUAGACUUUGCUUUAUUUGCUUUACCCGUAAAACGAUUAUCUAAAACCAGUUGAGUUGAAUUUUGCGUAUUGGGUUCAGACGUUGCUGCAACCUAAACACACCAAGCUCUGCUUGCAUGGCAAAUGAAUAGUGGCCUUGAAUAAAAUGAUUCAAUCUCUGGUAAGCACAUUGAAAAGCUUUCCAGCUGGGUGGUAGACAAAAGUUUAUUUAUAGGUUUUACAUGUGUUCGAGAAAGUAGAGGGAUUAUUAACACUACAGAACUGUGAUCUGCUCACUGUCUUUUCUAUGUUGGACUGUUCUUUCAUGCUAAACCUUGAGACACAAAAUGGUGUCUUGUUGCUAAAAAAAAAAUGAUUUUUUUCCCACUGUAUACUAAAAUACCAAUUUAAUAAAAGAUUACUUGGAACUGGA